AUGGCCACCUCCUCAGAUCCCGCAGCCGUAGUCAUGCCAGACCCAACUCCGACGAAGCCCGCCGUCGGUGGGGAGACAGCCCCGAUCAUCACGGAGGCGGAUGAUGAGGAGAACUACAGUGACGAGACCAAGGCUUUGGAGCGCCGGCUCCGUGCCAAGAUUGACCUCCGGCUCUGCACAAUAGCUGGAAUCCUGUGCUCGUUGAAUCUGCUGGAUUCUGGCGUUAUCAGUUCGGCCAGCGUCACGUCAAUGAUCUCGGAUCUGGAUCUGACCGGCAACCGAUACAGCGUUAGCAUUUUCAUCUUCACGAUUUCUAGCAUUGCUUUCCAGCUGCCUUCUACUAUCGCCGUCCGAACGUUUGGUCCGCGGCUAUGGUUUUCGCUAAUCACAUUUGCAUUUGGGCUCAUUACCAUGUGCUCAGCAUUUGUCCGUAAUUGGAAAGAAAUGAUUGCACUGCGAGUGCUUCUCGGCAUGGCCAUGUCGGGAAUAUACCCCGGCCUUUUGAUUCUGCUGUCCGCUUGGGUCCCACGUCGAGAACAGCAGACUCGUUUCGCAUUUCUGCAGUCUGGGGAGAUCGUGAUUCUAGCAACAGGGUCGAUUGUCAACUACGGCCUCAAUCAACUCGACGGUCGUACGGGGCUCAAAGGCUGGCAGUUUAUGUUCCUCGUGCAGGGCCUCAUCUCAAUGGUGAUUGGCAUUAUCACGUAUUUCUGGAUGGUCGACUUUCCAGAGAAUGCUGACAAGUCUUUGUGGUUUCUGACCAAGGAAGAGCAGAAACUUGCUGUAUCGAGGAUCAGCAAGGACCGACACGAUGUCUACCCUGAACCCUUUUCAUGGGGCAAGGUACUGGUCCAUGCUGGCGACCCUAAGGUUUAUGCCUUCGCAUGUCUUUUCUUCUUGCUCAAUCUUGUUUCGACAUCCCUGUCAUACUUCUUGCCAAUCAUCUUGCAAAGUGGUAUGGGAUUUAGUGAGAACCAGUCAAUCUUGCUAUCCGCGCCGCCCUAUUACUACGCAGUCGUUCCCGUCAUCAUAUCCUCUGUGAUAGGGGACAAACUUCGUCUACGUGGGCCGGUGAUCGUCUUCAACAGUAUCUGCCUCAUCGUCGGCUUUUGCAUGCUUGGUUUCACGGAACAGGUCACGGUGCGCUACGUCGGUACCUUCUUGGCUACCGGGGCUUACAUCAGCAACUGGGCUGCACUCAGCACAUACCAAGCCAACAACAUCACAGGCCAGUGGAAAAGGGUGUUCACCGCAGCCACUGUGACAGCGAUGAAUGGGGCAGGAGGUAUUGCGGGAAGCUUCAUUGUGAGGAAUGACGAGGCUCCUCGCUACAUGACGGCGGUUUGGGUAUCAAUAGGAUCGCACAUCCUCAUCAUCGCUAUUAUUGCGGCCUUUUCGGUACAUUUUUAUUUCGCGAACAGACUAGCAAAUUCGGGUAAAAUUGUCUUGGAAGGUGUCCCAACAUUUAGAUAUACAUAUUAG